UCUAUCAAAAAUAAAAGUUUAUAAAAAUCUACUAAUUUCUUUCAUCACAGAAUUAGAGUGAGAAAUCACACCAUUGAGAAGGUAGAAGACGAAUCAAUUCUACAAGGGGCCGGGGCUAAUAUUUUUUAUUGAAGAGAGAAUGUGUUAAUUGAAGGAGGAGAGAAAGAGAGACUCCUAUCAUGGGGGAGAUGGCUAUGUCUCGUGGGUUGAGAUUGAAGGAGAAAAAUAUUUUUUGGGGAAUGUUUUUUAUCAUUCUUAUCCAUGGAAUAGUUGAUGGAAAACUUAUAAAUAGAGAGAAGUUGAUAGAAAUAAAUAAGAAGCUAAAGCAAAUCAAUCGGCCAGCAGUGAAGAGCAUUCAGAGUGAAGAUGGAGAUAUUAUUGAUUGUGUUGAUAUCUAUAAGCAACCUGCCUUUGAUCAUCCUGCACUAAAGAAUCACACCAUUCAGGUUUCUCUUUCCCUUCCCCCGCCCGUGGCAAUACUACUUUCUCAAGGUACUGCAUACUUAGGAGCUCAAGGAGACAUAAAUGUCUGGAACCCUUAUGUUGCAUCAGACGAUGAGUAUAGUGCUGCUGAGAUUUCCCUUAAGAACGGACCUUACGAUGAUUUUGAAAGUAUUGAAUCUGGAUGGGCGGUGAACCCAAAGGUUUACGGGGAUAGGCGUACACGGUUGUUUGCGUAUUGGACUACUGAUGCUUCGAAGAAGACGGGUUGUUUCGACCUCACUUGUCCUGGUUUUGUUCAAACUAGCAAGUCAAUAGCCCUUGGUUCUGUGUUUGAUACUGUUUCAAAAAUUCAAGGAGCUCAAUAUCAAAUAUCUAUAUCCAUUCAAAUGGAUACAAACACUGGAAAUUGGUGGUUGAAAUAUGGAGGCCAAAACAUAGGAUAUUGGCCCAAGAGUUUAUUUGUGGGCUUAAGUCAUAUGGCAUCUUCAGUUGAGUGGGGAGGAGAAGUGAAGAGCUCACAUAUAGGGCAGACUCAUCCUCAUACAGGCACAGACAUGGGAAGUGGACGCAUGGUAGGGGUUGGAUUUGGCUUUGAUUGCUUCAUUAGAAAUAUAAGGAUUCUGGAUAACUCAGUUACCUGGAAGUUCCCUACUUAUUCUUUCCCUUACACUGAUGAAUACUACUGUUACGACAUCUAUUACCAGAGAUACGGUGUCACGGAACCUGAAUUCUACUUUGGAGGGCCAGGUUAUGAUGAGAUUAGAUGCCCAUGAAUGAAACUAGUUGUGAUAUAUUAGUGAGUUUCAUCAGUGAUGUGUUUGUUUGAAGCUUAAAACUUUGUAAUAACUGGGAUUUCUAGCUAUGGUUUUCCUCUUGUCCUAGCGUAUUAGUAGUCUUUCAGUGUUUGUACUAGUAUGCACCAGUGUCUCUAUACUGUUUAGGGCUUUUUGGCUCAAUAAAUCUUUGAAAAAUAUCUUCAAUAGGUUAAUACUUUGACAA